AUGAAUUUUAAUGAUUAUUUAAUAUAUGCCAAAUUACAGUUGACUAACCUUAAUCAAUUUCGUCUGAUACGCAUUGUUUUGGGUAAUGAAUCUUGUGACCUGGAUUCAACUGUAAGCGCUUGUGUCUAUGCAUAUUUUCUUCAUACUACUUGUUCAAAUCAAAAUGAAAUUCUUUAUUUACCUGUAAUGAAUACUAAUCCAUCAACAUUUCGUUUACGUACUGAAAUUCGUUGGUUUUUCAAAGAAUAUUAUUCAAAUGUUAUAUUUAUUGAUGAUAUUAAUUUGAAUGAAUUAUAUGAUCAAAAGAAACUUGAAAUAAUUCUUGUUGAUCAUCAUUAUUUACGUUCACAAUUAAAUAAAGUUGUAAUAGAAAUCAUUGAUCAUCAUCAAAUAAAAAAAGAUUCAAUUAUUUUACAAAAUUCAUCGGCAAUUAAAAUUGAACCUGUUGGUUCAUGUUGUACGCUGAUUGCUGAAAAAUUAUUUGAAUCAAAUUUUGAAAUGACAGAAGAAAUCGCAUAUUUAUUAACUGGACCAAUUUUAUUUGAUACCAUUAAUUUUUCACCAAGUGCUGGUAAAACAACAGAAAAAGAUCGACAAAUAUAUGCUAAACUUCAAAGCUUUCGUUCACCAUGUACUGAUAGUUUAGAACUAUAUACAAAUUUAAGACAAAGUUCUUGUGAUGUAACAGGGUUAUCGAUUCAAGAUUUAUUACAAAAAGAUGCUAAACAAAUUGUUACACCAAAUUUUCGUCUUAUUAUGUCUAGUUUACCAAUGAAUUAUACAGUUGAGAAAUUGAUUGCAGAAUUAAAAAUAUUGAAUGAUAUACAUGAAUUUUUAUCAAAAAAUGACAAUGCUGAUGGUGUUAUUAUGACAUCUGUAGAAGUGAAGAAUGAAGAAACAAAACGUCAAUUAGGUUUUUAUAUUAAAAAGAUUGAAUACAUACAGCCGCUUAGUGAAUAUAUUCAAAGUAAAGAACUUAAACUUGAUUUACACGAACAUGUUUUACCGAUAAAUCAAUCACAUAUUAAAUUAUUUGAUCAAAAAAAUGUUCAUGCGUCUCGUAAACAAAUAUUGCCGCUUAUUGAAAAAUUUAUCAAAGACUUUAUUUAA